GAAUUGGAAAAAAUUUUUGUUUUUGUUUUGUUAUUUUCGUUGUUAGUAUUAGAUUGUUGUUAUUUAAAAGUUAAUUAGUAGACAAAAUUAAAAAUGUCAUUGUUAAAACAUUGUUUUUCCGGAGGUUUAGUGAAUAGUUUUAAAAGCCUACCAUCAAAUGGUAUUCUAAAGUUACCUGGUGCUAUUGUAGGAACACAGUGCCAACAAAAAUGUUUCCAAUCUACAAAUAGUAAUAACUAUAAAGCCAAGUAUGGGGGUAGAUUUAUGGUUACUAUGCUUCCUGGUGAUGGAAUUGGCCCUGAGAUGAUGUCUUAUGUCAAAACGAUAUUCAAGGCUGGUGGAAUUCCAGUUGACUUUGAAGAGCUCAAUCUAGAUUCUACUCAUGAAGAUAUUGAGCAUAUCAAUGAAGCUGUUAUCGCAAUCAAACGAAAUGGUGUCGCUCUAAAAGGGAACAUUGAAACCCGUGAACAUAGUCGAAAUUUUAGAUCUCGUAAUGUUGAACUUCGAUUAAGAUUGAACCUGUUUGCCAAUGUUAUUCACUGUCGAAGUCAACCCGGAAUCAAUACGCGCCACAAGAAUAUUGAUAUUGUUCUGAUUCGUCAAAACACUGAAGGUGAAUACAGUUGUUUAGAACAUGAGAAUGUUAAAGGUGUGGUUGAAAGUCUAAAAAUUAUCACCACCAAUAAAUCAGAACAAAUUGCCCGUUAUGCUUUCGAUUAUGCUCGAAAAAAUAAUCGUAAAAAAGUAACUGCAGUUCACAAGGCGAACAUCAUGAAACUUUCCGAUGGUCUAUUUCUGAACACUUGUUCCGAAAUUGCUAAAGAAUAUCCCGAUAUCAUGUUCGACAACAUUAUUAUCGACAAUUGUUCCAUGCAGUUGGUUUCGAAUCCUCAUAAAUUUGAUGUUCUUCUUCUGCCAAACCUUUACGGUAACAUCCUCACCAAUAUCGCUUGUGGACUUGUCGGUGGUCCAGGAAUAACUUCAGGUCGUAAUUACGGCGUUGAACAUGCAGUCUUUGAAACUGGAACCCGAAACACUGGUAAAUCGGUGGCUGGUAAAAAUGUCGCUAACCCUUUGGCCAUGAUAAACGCUUCUGCUGAUCUACUUGAAUUCUUGGGAUUAGAUUAUCAUGCAACUGUGAUACGCAAUUCUAUUCACAAAGUUCUGAACAUUGAGAAAAUUCAUACACCCGAUCUUGGUGGAACCUACAACACAACCGAUGUUGUUGAAUACAUUAUAAAGGAUGUACAAGCUCAGACAUCUAUUUAAUUAUCUAGGAAAUUUAAAUUUGAAACUAUUACAUGACAAAGAUGAAAACUAAAAGAAUCGAAACCCACAAACAAUUAAGUGAUUCAUCUAAUUGAAUCUGGAAAUUUUAUCUAUUUAUCUCUUAGCUGCCUCUUUAUCUCUCCAAGUUGAUUCUCUCUCCCUCUCUCAUUCUAAAUUAUAUCUCUAAUUAAUUACUAAUCAUGUCCUAAUCAAGCUCUCUAGCCAAUCAAAAUCAAAUUGAUCUCUUUAAUUCAAUUCCUUUUGGGUUUGCUUAACUAUUAAAUAGCUUCCAUUAGAGGUGAAAAAAAAUCUUGUACAAUCAUCUGUAAAUAAAUGAGCUAAUAAAUUGUUUCAAAGUAUUAAAA